GGCAAUAUUUUUUAAAUUGUUUUGAAUUUUCGUAAACUUUGUUUUUAGUUCGAUUAUAAUGUAUGAAUUCUUAUUAUUUUAAAUAAAACAUGGAAAGCUCGUUUUUUGAAUAUCGCGAUUCUACAAAAGUAGAAGGCGAUUCUGAAACAGAAGUAAUAGACGAUAGUUUUGUCGGAGAUCAAUCUUUUAUUACAAAAAAGAAACUAGGUUUUAAGAAUCAGACGGUUUUCGUUCCAGAGUCUGACGAAUCGGAAUCCGAAGAUGUCAGUGAUGAAGAUAAUGUUCAGAAGUUCUCUUCAGUAUCGACAAACAAUGUUAGUGUUGCCGCCCCCACCGUUAUAUCGAGCAGUGAGGAUGAAACAAGAAGAGACAGCGUAAUGAGUUCCUCCGGCGCAUCUAGAAAAUGUGAAGAUACUUCUUCUGAUGAAGAAAUGUCUCCUGAAAUUGUGCCACGGCCUCGUCCCAACACAAAAUCAUCAAGAAGAUCUUCCGAAUCUUUUAUCGGUCGUAAAAAUAGGAAACGUAUAAUGAUUGUGGACUCUGACACUGACAACUCCAUUGUCAUCGAACAAAAUAAGAACAAAAAGCUCCCCUGUAUGCAGCAAACACCUCUUAAGUUAAACCGUGAAGUUUUAGCUAAUGCUAUAAGUGAUGAUGACAACACUGAUGUUAGUCAACUUAAUGAUACAAAUGAAAAGAAAGGUGUAGGUGAGAGUGACGAGGAAAAGGAUUGUCUAAAAGUGGACAAUGAUAAACCUCUUGGUGAUAAUAUUGACAAAGAAAUUAGUUUUAAGAAAAGAACCCAAACAAGUAAUAGUAAUGAUGAUGAUGGUGAUGAAGGAAUUACAAAAGAUUCUGUUUCUACGGGAGAAGAUAAGAGUGAAGAAAGUGAUGAUAACGAUGAUCAUCUGAUGGUGUCUCGCGCUACGCGGAUGAGUAUCAUGGGCUUCGUGCCCAAGGAGACGGCGAGCGACGAAUCUGACUAUAUACAAUCUGACGAUAAUUCUUCACGUCCGGGCUCCUCUAACAGCUUGGUAGAUCUACCCGACUUCAGCGCCUCACUUCGGAUAUCGCCUGAAAAAGCAAACGACGUUGCAGAAGUUAAAGAUACUUCUACAUUAACCUGUUCCCCAUUCACCAGUCCUUUGAAAGAUGUUACAAAUGAAUUUAACGAGUCAUUUCGAGACAAUUCGAAGAGGAAAAGUAAAAUCGAGAAUGAUAUAUGUGAUUUGACGCAUAACGAGGUAGAAGUGUACGACUUGACGGGCAGCAAACGCACUUUCCUAAGGAAUAAAGUACUGAACAGCAUAAAGAGUGACGGCAGCGGCUACAAGGAGAAUGUUAUCAACGAUGACGUCACCAUCAUCGACCGCGAGCCCGAGGUCAUCGCGCUCAGCAGCGAUGAUGAGGACCCGGUAAAGGAGGAGAAAAAAUCCCCCAAGGUGAAGAAAUCCCCGAGUAAGAGGAGCGAGAAGUCCGAAAGCAAGAGCGAGAAGGUGGGCGGCGACAUGCGGCAGUACCUGCUGCCCCCCAGCUACCCCAACCAGGUGGUGUACGUGCAGAAGCACGUGCGCGAGAACGAGCUGCAGAAGCUGGCCGGCCUGCAGGAGGACCUGCACAACGUCCGAGUCGGUGCUCGCUAUUCCAUUGAAAUUCUUCCGCCUUUUUCGGCGACCAUACUGGCUUAG